AUGACUUCCCAAUCGACUGCAGCGCCAAGACCCUCCGAGGAUCUGCGCGAUGGGCCAACCAAACAGGACGUCAGUGCAGGCAUCAUCGUCCCCACGCUGGUCGAGGGUGACAUGCCCGAAACUUCAAAGAAGGAAAUUUGGAGUUGGUACGCCUACUACAUCGGUGCCAAUGGACUCGCCCUCUUUAACUUUGGACCGACUGCUUUCCAGAAUCUGCUGUCUCAAGCCGCACCCGAGGACACUGGACUGUUGCCGUUUGCUGGUCGGGAGCGGGAUGUCAACAGCAUUGUAUUGCUUGCCAACGGCAUCUCUUUCGCCCUACAGGCCGUUCUCUUUCUCAUCAUCGGAGCCUACGCAGAUUUCGGCACCGGACGAAGAUGGAUCCUGCUGGUGUGGUCCAUCAUCGCCUAUGGAAUCGGUUUCGCUUGGUUAGGUGUUCACGACCCCAGCAAGUGGCAAGCAGCCACAGCUCUGUACAUCGUUGGCUUAAUUUGUUAUCAGAUGACCUUGACUUACUGGACGGCUGCGUUUCCCUCACUUGCUAGAAACACUCCGCAGCUCAAGGAGGCGGCGUUGCAGUUCGAGGCGGGCGAGAUUACCCAACACGACAUGGAUCGCAAGGACGAGAUGGAGAGGAGUAGACUCAGCAAUGUCGCCUUCUACAUUCAAUCCGUUGGCGAAGUUGUCAUUCUAGCUAUCAUUGUCGGUAUCAUGUUCGGGGUCAAGGUUGAGAAGAGCACAGAGAACAACAACUGGGGACUCUCCAUCCUGGUUGCCUUUGCCACCGGUUGCUGGCUCGUUCUUUCAAUCCCUUGGUUCCUAUUUGAGAAGAAGCGUCCAGGAAUGAAGGUUCCGGAUCACUUGAACAUAGUCACGGUUGGAUUCUGGCAGCUUUGGGAAGCUCUCACACAAAUCUGGCAUUUGAAGCAGAGCUUGAUCUACCUUGUCGGAUAUUUCCUUCUGGGUGACUCUCUUAACACGACCGUCACUGUUAUCGGCACGCUACAAAACCAGGUUGUUAGCUACAAUACCCUCACUUUGACUUACCUCCUCAUUGUGGGAAUAGUUGCUCAAGCUGUUGGAAUCGGUGCUUUCUGGCUCAUCCAGAAGCGAUUCAAUCUCAGUGUCAAGGCCAUGUUCAAUGCCGUCAUGGUCUUUAUUAUCCUGUUGGAUGGCUGGGGUAUGGUUGGCAACUGGACCGAUAAGUUUGGCUUCAAAAACGUGUGGGAGAUCUGGCUGUACCAGGCCUUCUACGGACUUUUCGUAUGUCCGUGGUAUAGCUACUCUCAGAUCAUGAUCAGCUCUGUCACACCCAGAGGUCACGAGUUCUUGUUCUUCUCCCUGUUCAACAUUAUCGGCAAAUCGUCCAGUUUCAUCGGACCCUUCAUCAGCAGUGCUAUCAUCGAUGCCUCUCCGGGCGGAACGAACAACAGCGCUCCUUUCUACUUUUUGUUUGCUCUCAGCUUGGUCAGUGCCAUUGGCAUCUGGUCGUUCCUCGAUUUGGAGAAGAGUGCGAGGGAGCAAGAGGCGUUUAUCAUACAGGAGAAGAUCCGCAUGGGCGAAGACUCGGACAACAGUAACAGUACCAGGAACACCGCGUAG